GAUCUCACACUGGAUCCAAACACAGCAAACUCUUAUCUCAUUCUGUCUGAUGGGAACAGGAAGAUCACAAAUAUGAGAACGAAGCAGCCAUAUCCUGAUCAUCCAGAGAGAUUUGAUAAGGUUCGUCAGGUUCUGUGUGAAGAGAGUCUGACUGGACGCUGUUACUGGGAGAUUGAAUGGAGCGGAAAUUAUGCUGAAAUAUCAGUUACAUAUAAAGGAAUCAACAGGAAAGGAUGGAGUGACUGUGUGUUUGGAUUCAAUGACAAAUCCUGGAGUCUGAACUGCUCUGAUAACAGAUUCACUGUCUGUCACAAUAAGAAAAGGACUGUUAUACCUGUUCUCCGUUCAUCCUCUAAGAGAGUAGGAGUGUAUGUGGACGUGUCGGCCGGCACUCUGUCCUUCUACAGCGUCUCUGACACACACACACUCACACACUUACACACAUUUAACACCACAUUCACUGAACCCCUCUAUGCUGGAUUUACAGUUUAUAAUAACUCCUCAUUGUCUCUGUGUGACAUUAAACAACCUCCUGUGAGAAACAACAGUGAUAAACACACAACCGGGUGAGUGAAAUAUACUGUGUCUUAGUGAAGGAUUUUUCCAGUCUGUGAUUAAUAGUUCAAUCCUCUGUUCUUCAUUCAUCACUAAACACUAGGGAUGCAUGAUAUUGGAUUAUUGCUGAUACC